AUGGCUUCAUGUAUGGCAUUAAAACGUUCAUUUGAACACGAUCGAGAUUCUUCCAAUAAUAAUCCAUUUGAAUCUCGAACAGCAGCAUCACCAUCAUCAUCAAAACGACAACGUCGUUGUUUUCCAAUGACAGUUGUUUCAUCACCAACAACAACAAUGACUAAUGAAACAACAGAAUCAACAGUAUUUCCUGAUGUUCAACCAAUUUUAACGACUGAUGUUUUAUUAACUCGAAUAAAAGAGGAAGUUCGUCGUCUUCAACGACGUCAUCAGAUGAAAAUUUCAACAUCAUCUGAAUUAAGUGACGAUGAUAAUAAUACUAAUCUUAAUGAAUGUCGCUCAACAACAACAAAUUCACAACAUCUUUUAACACUUAAACAAGUUAAUAUAAUAUGUGCAAGAUUAUUGAAAGAACGUGAAGAAAAACUUCGUGAAGAAUACGAUCGAAUUUUAUCAAAUAAACUUAGUGAACAAUAUGAAGGUUUUGUUCGAUUUACUCAAGAUCAACUUACACGAAGAUUUUCUGAAUUACAAUUUUCCUAUGUUUCAUGA